AUGUGGAACUUGCAUUAGCGACGUUUUUGUUUUGAUUGUUGUAAGUGCUCAUCUCUAUGAUUGAAAGAGAGAUUCAAGCACAAUAUAUAUGGAGCCCAUCGCCACAUAACAGUACAGAAAGCAAGACAGCAAGAGUGUAGAAUAUUUUAUUAAAAAAUAUGCCAAAGAAAAUAUAGAAGGGGCCGGGCAUGAUUUAAUUUUACAGAAAAAGCUUCAGGGACCUGGCAUUAUAAAAAGGUUCCUUUAACAACGAUUAUUGCACUGUUUAGGUGAUCAUGGAGAAUUGAAAAAAGCUGGAAUAUAAUUAGGGGAGAAAGGACGUUGAAAAAGUCCAAGAAAUUAAAAAACAUUAAUUAAAGGCUUUUUUUCACACUGUACAAGAGAAAAAAGUUGAGAUGAAAAAGGACAUACAUGCUUUUAAGUCCCCCCAAGGUUAACAGAAUUUAACCUCAAAUGAAAAAGGACACACGUGCUGUAAGACCCCACAAGGUUAACAGCAUUUAACCUCAAAUGCACGUAUGCAUUUCUUGAUGCCUACUAAAAUAUGCCUAUAAACAUCCUCGUUUCUACUCACACGCAAUCCCCCUCUCCCUCUCAGAAGCCAAAACCCAGAAAUUCCAAUAACAUUCUCCCCUUUCUUCGGAAGCCAUAACCCCGUAAAACCCCAAACCGGCAACAUUGCAGAUAACAAGGAAAACCAAAAUACUAGGAAAACCAAAUGCGACCACCGCCAGAGGCAAUCGCUCAGCUCCUCAUCCACAUGUCCCCACCGCUUUCUUCCCGGGAACCACAAAUGUCUUCCCCUUCAACUUCAACGUGUAACCCCCCGACUUGCAGGUGGCGGCCUUACUCCAACUCAAAUGACUUUGAAGCUAAGGUGGGCAUGGUCUUAAUCAUUCUCUUCUGUGCUCUAAUAUGCUCUCUGGCUCUUAACGCUGCCAUUCGCUGCUGCCUACGUGGCGAUGGUAGGCGCCGCCCACGCUAUUCCCGCAACAACAACCACCUUCCCCAAACGCAGCAAGAACUUGAGCAGAGAAAGCCUGUCUCAGAGGCAGCUGCAGCUAACAUGGUGGCAGCUCCAAUACUGGUUUACUCAACCGGGGUGAAGCUGGCAGGAGCAGAGGCUGAAUGUGCUAUUUGCUUGUCUGAAUUCGUGGAUGGAGAGGGAAUUCAAGUUCUGGCAAACUGUAAGCAUGGUUUCCAUGUACAAUGCAUACAGCAGUGGUUGUCUUCCCAUUCCUCUUGUCCCACUUGCCGCUGUAGUUGCUUUCCUCCAUCUCCAUCCCAAGAAGAAACUAACCACCAAUGCGUUGACAACAGUUCCCAACCAGUGAUUUCCGAGAGGGAACCUUAGAACUGUAGCAGCUUUGGUUGCUCUUCUCCAUAGCGUAUGUAUAUGUUACUUAUUUUGUCUUCAACCAGUACACCUCUGUAUUUAACAUACUCAAAACCUUUCUUACAUUUCAAGUAACUUUUUAUAUUGGCUAAUCUCACUGUCAUCAAUAUCACCGCUCAUCAAAUACACUUAAACGGAAAAACUGAAUUUUAAAAAAUAAAAUAAUAAUAAGAGGACCCGGAGAGAAACAGAGAUCUGUUAAAAUU